CCUCCCUCCCGUUUUUUGAAAGAGGGUUUCUCGUUCCUCCCGGCAGGAACUCCGAUCUCGUCCACGACAACAGAGCGACGGCGAUCGGAUCCCUGCACCCUGUGGAGAAGAAAUCGCGGUUUUCGUAUGGAUCUGUAGCUCGUCUUUUGGUAAAAGUAUGAGUUCCGUGUGUUGUGAAGUGUAUGGAUCUUGUAAUGCUGAUCAAAUUGGAGGUUAGUUCGGGUGCCAUGAAAUGAUAUUAGGAUGGAAUAAUAGUUGAUUUACAGGUGAUCUGGGCUCCCCCGCUCUUUUGGAGAUUUAUCAAUGUUCUCAGAUAAACGUUUUGAACAUUUCUAUCAUUAUGCAUGCCUAUUUUAAAUCAGCGAUCUUGAUGUUUUUCGGACCUGUACAAGCAUUUCUAGAUUUGUUUGUUUUUUCCUGAUUCGUAUUUAGGGUUUUUGGCAGACGGUAGAUGACCUGAUUUAACUUUUCUUGGUGCCAGAGUUUGUUUCAGAAGGAAUACUUUUUGAUAACCCAGUUUAUUUGUAUGGACAAAUCACAUCAUCAAAAAUGUUACAAUGGAUGGGAGGUUCUAGGCGCAAGGUGACUGCUUCCAGAAAGACAAUGCAUAACAGGCAAAAGCAAUACUUUGAACAAAGAAAAAGACAGCAACAGGCACCUGGGCUAGAAAAUCAUAAUGAUGUAAGAAACAAGCGGGUUCAUUACCAAGAGGAGCCUCGAUCACUUGAUAUCUUAAGCUUGACAAAUCUGGCAACAAUUGCUCAUGAAGAUUAUUCUAGUCAUAUCAAUGAUCUUGGUUCUCUGCAAGCAGAUCGUAAACUCCCAAAGCUUUCCCCUGCAAUGAUGUUGAAGAAAAUCACCUGUCAAUAUUCCAACAAUUUGGAGGAAGCAUGUUCUACUGCACCCCUAAACAAGCUUUCUGCAGCCAGUGCUCUUCAAGAUGAACCAGCUGCUCAUAGUCUUAGAAGUAAAUUGGACGACUGUAGGAUGCCAGCAUCUUCAUAUGAGUUUAUUUCCGAUAAUACUGGCAGUAACUCAAUAGAACAGCAGGAAGAGGUCCAAAAUGAAGUUUCUAUUCUUGAUUUACUCAAUGAUGAUGGACCAAAAGGUAAUCCUAAAAGAAGAUCAAUCCCUGAAGCUCAUGUUGCAUUUUCGGUGGAAGGUCUUGGUAAGGUAGGGAUGGAAACUCCUGCUCAUUCACCACGACUACAUAAGAGGGGGUUUCCUUCACCUCCAAAGGCCUCAAGAUGUACGCAUUCUUCAGAAAGCCUGAAGUCCAUUUCAUAUGAUCUUGGGCUUGAAUUGAAUGCUAUUAUUCAUGAUGUCAGCAUGUCAAUUGAUGACAGCUUGCCAGAAAUAUUCUGCAAUUCAAGGGGCCUUUUAAAUGACAUGGGCUUUACAAGACGCCCAAAGUUCAUGGACUCGUAUGUGUGUCCAGAUGUCUUUGAGAAUCUAACCAAUAACUUUAAUGACGAGGAAGAAAUUAUUCCUGCUGAAAGCAGAAAUAAACAAUGGAAAUCAUGUUUGCCAGCCAGAUCUGAUGUCUUAGAUGAUGAUUUCCUUGAUGGAAGGAAGCAUGAUGUGCUAUGGAAGAUGACACCAUUCCAUUCUGAUGGCCAUCCUUCCAUUUUCUCCGAUUCUAAAAAUUCUGAAAUAUAUGACUAUGGCUUUGGAGAUAACUGUUUUCAGGAAAAAAGGACUGCAGUUGAAGCACAUAAAAGAUCGGACACUGCAGCACCAUCUUCCCCUUAUUUCAGCUAUUCAACAUCAGAAAAGGAGUAUGACUUUCUAUCGUUUGACCAGGACAAGUACCCCGUACUUAAAGAGAGAUCCAAUUUGGACUGCAUGUUAAAUCCACCUGCUUGGUCUUUUUUGAAAACAGAAGACUCGAAGGAUAGCAUGAGUCUGUUAAGCGAAGAGUCAUGUUCAUCUGCUGCAGUGAGGGAAGAAAGAAGUUAUGACUUAAGACCACACCAAGUGGAACUGAAAGAUUGCAAAAUAAGCCAUUUGGAUGAGCUUCAUACGAGCUUUGUUAAAAAGUAUAAUUUAGAGAAAGUCUUGGAAGAUGAAAUGAUUUAUACAAGCCGUGGCAGAGCUUCUGGAGAAAGGAAUUUGGCAGGAACGGAGAACUAUAAUAAAAGCACAUCAAAUCAAUUGAGUUCGAAAGCAGAUUAUUGCUCAGAAAAGGCCUCUUCACUUCAGGGAAUUUUAAAAUCAAAUUGCAUUUCCUCGUUCAAGAAAGAACGCAGAUCAGAUAAUGUGGCUUCUUUUGCCACUUCCUGUCCCAAAAGUUCUACAGAAAUAAAUAAUGCAUCCUUUGACUGUAACUUUUUUCAUGAAGACAAACUGUUCGACCUUUUCCCUGUUCCGAAAUUAAAUCUUACAGCAGAUUCGAUCCAAAGGAGAUCCAAAUCAAAAGUUCCUUCUGAAUGUGAACCUUCAAGCAACUUCAAUUGUGAAAGUGUAGAACAACCGUCGGGCCCUGGCAUUCAGUUCCAGAAAUCGGAAGCGCACACAUUAAGCACAGAAGGUUACUUUCAUUAUUUAUCUUCUGCUAAAAAUCAUGACCAAAACAGAUCUUUUGAAGAGUCAGAAAACAAAAUAUCUAUCAAAAAGAAUUCUCUAAACUCACUAAGUGGUGGAACUGUAGUUGUUCCAGAUUGCAAGGACAGUUGCAGUGAACAUGAGGAAUUAAAAUAUGAAGAACUGCUUGAUGGUCCAAAAACCAGAAAUCCUUUUGAGGAAGCUGGUGAGACUGCAUUGCCCACGGAGGAACUUCCUUUACAUCUUAAAAAGAGUUGUAUUGAUGAUAAGUCAGAUCCCUCUGAUGGUCCGUGUCCAGUUCAAUCUGAAGUGAGCAACAGAGACCCUACGAAAGAAAAGUUGGGACCUGAAAGAAGUUUUGUGACUAUGGGAGGCAACAAAACUGACGCACCUUGCCAGGUGAUGCUUGAAAGUUACGUUCUUCAACUUCUGUGUGUCCAGAAGGUACUCAUGGAAGCAUCAGUAAAGGAUGAGGGGAUGACGGGAUCUUAUCAAACAACCAAAAAGGAUGACGGGAAAAAGGUAUGCGAACUGCCUUUUAUGCACCAAUUUGGUGAAAAGAUUUGUUAGGCUUUAUAGUUGAUGAGUACCGUGGUGAUAGGCUCAUUUUUAGGAUGCUUAUUACAUUUCCAAAGUCCUCCCUUGCUCAGCCGACUGGAAGUGACAGUUAAUAACUAUGGUGUAUUAAAUGAAGCAUCACUAAUGUUCUUAAUGACACCAGAUUUUACCACUGCCCUUCCAAAGAUGAAUCGAGCAUUGUUUCUGCCUAUACUAUU